ACAAAGGUUGUAUGUUGUACUCUGCCGAGGGCGCUUGGUUUAUGCUGCUUUUCCGAUAAUGGCACUUUCUGUAGUAAAGGGGAAGCUAGAAAGAGUGCUUGAUAAAAAUCCACAAGAUCUUGUUCGCGGAAUUAGGAAGCACGGUGUGGAUGAGGCCAAAUACAUAGGUCAAUGUCUAGAUGAAAUUAAAAAUGAGUUGAAAGACAGUUCAUUUUCAGUCAAGGCCAAUGCCAUUAGCAAAUUAUUAUACAUUCAAAUGCUUGGUUAUGAUACCAGCUGGGCUGUGUUCAAUAUCGUUGAGGUUAUGAGUUCUCAGAAGUUCACGUUCAAACGUAUAGGGUAUUUAGCAGCUUCUCAGAGCUUUCAUUCUGGUACAGAUGUCCUCAUGCUUGCCACUAAUCUUAUUCGCAAGGAUUUAAUGAGCUGUAACUUGUAUGAUGCUGGAAUCGCCUUAUCGGGUGUUGCAUGUUUCAUUAAUCCAGAUCUUGCCACGGAUUUGUACUCUGACAUUCUAAGUCUGAUGAAUUCUCCAAAACCAUAUUUACGAAAGAAAGCCGUAUUGUUACUAUACAAAGUUUUCCUUAAUUAUCCUGAGGCACUUCGUAUUUGUUUCCCACAGUUGAAAGAUAAGCUGGACGAUCCAGACCCAGGUGUACAAUCAGCGGCUGUUAAUGUAAUAUGUGAAUUGGCACGUAAAAAUCCAAAGAAUUACCUAUCACUUUCACCCAUAUUUUUUAAACUUAUGACUACAUCUUCAAAUAAUUGGGUUCUUAUCAAAAUCAUUAAAUUGUUUGGCACAUUGACACCUUUGGAACCAAGACUAGGCAAAAAGCUAAUCGGACCGUUGACCAAUUUAAUUCAUAGUACUUCAGCGAUGUCAUUGUUAUAUGAAUGUAUAAAUACAGUUGUUGCAGUAUUAAUAUCAAUAUCUUCGGGAAUUCCUAGUCAUCAAGCUUCUAUACAGUUAUGCGUUCAAAAAUUACGCAUCCUAAUUGAAGAUUCAGAUCAAAAUUUAAAAUAUCUUGGACUAUUAGCAAUGCGUAAAAUUCUGUUAUAUCAUCCACAAAGUGUACAACCUCAUAAAGAUUUAAUAUUAGGUUGUCUGGAUGAUAAAGAUGAAUCGAUUCGAUUACGUGCAUUGGAUUUACUACAUGGUAUGGUAUCAAAAACUAAUCUAAUGGAUAUUGUUAAACAUUUGAUGAUACAUAUUGGCAAUUCGUCAUCUGGUUUACAUUAUCGUAAUGAAUUAUUAAGUAAAGUUGUGUAUAUAUGUUCACAAGAUAAUUAUCGUAAUGUUACAUCAUUUGAAUGGUAUGUUACUGUUCUUGUGGAAUUAGCCAGCAUUGAUGGUAUUCGAAAUGGUGAAUUAUUAGCUGCUCAACUUAUGGAUGUUUCCAUUCGCGUACCGACUGUUCGAACUUUCUGUGUUGAACAAAUGGCUAUAUUACUGGAUAUUAGUCAGUCGUUAACAAGCGGAGGUAAACAAAAUGCUAUUCAAGAAACACUUCGUGCAGCAGCAUGGAUAUGUGGCGAAUAUGCGGAUAAUCUAAACAAUCCAGAACAAACAUUGAAUUCACUUGUUUCAAUUGCCCUUGAACUACCCAGUCUAUCUAGUUCAAUUCAAGCCGUUCUUAUAUUCAAUGCUUUUAAAAUAUACAGUGUUGUCAUUAAAAGUAUGACUUUUAUAGCUAUUCAAAGCUUAUCUUCGACGUUUACAAAUAAAAAGUAUCAAGAAAACGGUGAACAUUUAAUUGAUACAAGUGACAACGAACAUCAUAAUAAUACUGAAACUGUAGAUGAUCAAGUUACAAGUUUAAAGAUUCUACAAAAUUUAAUUAUUCAUCUGAUAGAGUUGACAAAUUUUCUUAUGAAUAAAUUUAUCCAGUAUGUUCAUUCAUCUGAUUUAGAAGUUCAAGAACGUGCUGUAUCGAUUCACCAAGUAUUGAGUUUAGUGUCGAAGCGUUUUACAAAAAUCCAAUCCUUUUUAUCCAGUUCAUCAACCUUACAACAAAAUAAUAAUCCGUCAACAUUAAUUUUGGAUAGCGAUUUUUCUUCACCUUCACUAUCCAAUCAUCAAUCAUUGGAUAAUUUACCUGAUCAGUUUCAUAAUUCUCAACUCAUCAGUUCUAUUAAUAUUACUAAUAUCAAAAACAAUACAGGUGACAACAAGGUCGACACACAACUUCAUUCACGAAGUAAUUCAAUUCAGAUGGAUACUAUGCCUUCACUUACCUCCAUAGUAUCACCAUCUGUGAUUCUCAAUUUAAUUCAAUCAAUUGUAAAUGAACUAAGUGCUUUGUUCACCGGUGAAAUCAUUCCUGUAGCACCAAAAGCUCAGAAAAAAGUUCCUAUUCCCGAAGGGUUAGAUUUAGACGCUUGGAUUAAUCCACCAGUACCAGUUCGUAAACAACCGUGGACGAAUGCAUUAGAUUUUAUUGGGAAAUCUAUAAAUGACACUGAUGAUCAUCAUUCUAUUCAUUGGAACAAUGAAUUGGUCAAUAAUGAAUGUGAUAUAUUCUUUGGUUUACAAGAUAGUAAAUCUCAAACUGUUCAACUAACAGCUGAACAGUUGGAUGAGAUGCGUUCAAAACGGUUGCAAAAUCAACAAAGCAAUCCUAAUUACUUAAAACCGGUAAAUCCUAAAAAGAAUAAUUUAGAGAACUCAUUUAAUGAACAAAAUGAUGUUAACUUAAUCAAAAAUGGUGUUGAACAGUUAAGUCUAAAUGUAACUGAUUCUAACAAACAAUAUUGUCAAACACAAAGCAGUGCGCGUAAAUUGGCUACAUCCGAUCAGUUCGCUGCUGAAAUGCGUAAAAAGUUUCAAACUGCUGCGUCUGAUGUAGAACGAAAAUUAAGAUCAACAACGAAGAACAAUCAUUCGAAAAGCACCCAUAAGAAAAAACAUCCGAUCAUAUCACCGCCACCAUCUUCAUCGUCAUUAUCUUCAUUAACAAUUAAUAAUAAUUCUAAAUCGACUAAUCAGGUUGAAAAUACUCAGGAAGAAAAUAAAAUAGAUUAUAUUAUAAAAGACAAAUUUACUUCACACGUUGUUCGUUGUGAUUAUGAUAUGCCCGAGGGAGUGUCCAUAGAUAAUGAAUCGCCAAGUGAUACUGAAAACGCUAAUGAUCCACAUCAUCGACUAAAUAUUGUAUUGGAUAAUAUUAUUACACAAGAUAACAAUAAAUUGCCACAUUCAAUUCCAUCUCAACAUAGUAAACAUUCAACGAUUCACAAGACUUCACCAAGGAAGUCUUCAAAAUUAUCGUCUAAACACCAUAAAAUGAAUAAAGAAAAGGUGGAUAAUAAUAAUAAUCAACUAGCGAAUGAAUCAAUAUCUUCCGAAAAUAUUAAUUAUGAGAAUUUAUUGAAUAACAAUGAUAAUAAUACAACUUAUCAUCGAUCAGGCUAUGAAGCAUUCGACUCAGAUAUAAAACAAACUAAAAUUUUAUCAUCACAAAAAGUUCGUUUGAAAUCAUCAUUGAAUUCUCAUCAUAAUGAUAAUAAUAGUAAAAACAAACAAUCCCCUAAUAAUUCACCAAUACCAUCCGUUCCAUAUUGUAAUAAAUCCAUUAUUAGUAGUAACAAUGAUAAUAUAUCUAUACCUGAAACUAAGUUCUGUAUAUCAUCAUCAGUAAUAAAUACUGACAUGUUCACUUCCCUUUUGUCAACCGGUGAAUUGAAUUCAUUCCAAUCAACAAAAAUUUGUUGUCCUAGUUUAUUGUCAAUUAUUCGUCAAUCAGAAAAGUCUAAUUCUCUAAUAAUGCAUACAAAUAAAAUUUUUUCACAAAUAAUAUCUGUACUUGAAAAGAAGAUACCAUGUUUAGUAAUUGACUCUUUGGAUAAUCGUGCCGCUUCACUCUACACAGAAUACAUUCCACUCAGAGAACCGUUAUGCAUCUUAAUGAAAAUAUCCGUAAUUUUUUUGUCUUCUGUGAUUGAUACUCAUCAAUAUGAAAGUUGUGGUACUCUCUUUUCUAUCUCUCCCCUCUUCGUUGUCUGUAUUCUUUUAUUUCGCCGUUUCGCAUACAAAUUUCCUUUUCAUUUCUUUUAUUUAUUCCCAUUGAUGAUUUGUCUAGUGUUUAUUUUCUGUGUGUUUACAUUUCCCUUCGGGUAACUAGUGUGUGUAUGUAUAGAUUAACACUAUCUUAGUACGUUACAGUUAUCUAGAUGAAAUAAUUCAACUAUGUGUAGAAUGUUUAAUUUUUUUAAAGAAGGAUUAGAAACUAUUAUGCAUCUGAUUACUCCAUGUAAUAUUAAUAAGAGUUCUUUUCUAUUAAUGCAAUAUUAUAAACUAUUCGUCAUUUUCUGUGCCUAAAUUUAACAUAACAAAUUGAAAGAGAACAAAUCAACAAUCUUGAAUGAAAUCUAUUGCAAUAAAUUAUGUAAGAAUUUCGAAAUAUGAGUACAUGUGAUGUGAUAUGUUAUACACUCAACUUAUACAUAUAUGUCUAUAACCUUGCCACCAAGUGCCAUAUAGCACAAAACCUCUACGUCCAUGGUAUCCUGCCGACUACCACCAAUCACCUAACAAUUAUUUUUAUAGUUGAGAUCAUGAAUCAAUUAAUCUCAAAUAUUAAAUUACUAUAAUAUCCACAAAAACCCCUUUCUGAAUUAUUUUUAUACAUCAAAAUAUACACCACUCAAUUAUUU